UGGCCGGAGAAGCGGUGCGUCGGUGCGUGCCUGGGAUCCGAACCCGGGCCACCAGUAGCAGAGUGCGCGCACUUAACUGCUAAGCCAUGGGGCCGGCCCUAUAUGACUAUAUUUGAAGUGAGUUUUUUAUAGACAACUUAUAGUUAGGUCAUGUUUUUUAAUCCAUUCUGAUCAUCUCUGUCAUUUAAUUGGUGUGUUUACAUAAUUUACAUCUCAUAUCAUUAUUAAUAUGUUUGGAUUUAGGUCUGUCAUUCUAUUUUUUUGUUUUCUGUUUGUUCCCUCUGUUUUUCUUUCCUCUGUGUCCCUUUUCCUGUGUUCCUCAGGGUUAUUUGAAUGUAUUUUAGCAUUCCAUUUUAUCUAUUGUUUUUUACUUUAUAUGUAGGUUUUGUUUUUGUUUUGUUUUUUAGUAUUUGCUAGGGAUUACAAUAUACACACUUAAACUUUUGACAGUCUACUUAGAAUCAAUAUUUUACCACUUCAAGUGGAAAGUAGAAACCACCGCCGUAUAGGUCCCUUUAUUCUCUCCCCUUUAUGUUGUAGUUUUCAUGUUUUACAUCUAAUUAGAUUGGAAAUCUCAUCAGCCAAUAUUGUAAUUUUUGCUUUCAACUGUCACACAUUUUAAAGGACUCAAGAGGAGGAGGCUAGUUUAUUAUGUUUACCCAGAUUUUUUCCUUUUCUUUUCAUUUCCUUCACUCCUGACCUUCCAUUUUUUCCUUCUGGUAUUAUCUCCUUUCUGUCUGAAGGAGUUUUGUUAUAACUUCCUGUGGAGCAGUCUAUUGGCAGCAAAUUCUCUUGAGAAUAUUUUCACUUCACCUUGCUUUCUGAAGGAUAUUUUUGCUGGAUGUAGAAUUCUAGACUGGCAGUUCUUUUCUUUUGCACUUAAAAGUGUUGUUUCACUCCCUUCCGGCUGCCGCAGUUUUUGUUGAGAAAUCUAGAGUGGCUUGAAUCCUCAUUGCCCGAUUAGUAAUGCAUCGUUUUUCUCUGGUUGCUUUCAAGAUUUUCCCUUUGUCUUUAGUUGUAAGCAGUUUCAUUGUGAUGAGUGUGGGUGUGGAUUUCUUUGGAGUUAUCCUUUUUUGUAUUCACUGAGCUUUUCAAAUCUGUAGGUUUAUGUCCUUGGCCAAUUUGGGGAGAUUUAGUCAUUGUUUCUUCAAAUUUUUUGCACUGCCUUCUUUCUCCUCUUCUUCUGAGACUCUAAUGACACAAGUGUUAGAUCCUUUAGUAUUGUCCCAUAGACCCCCAAGGCUCAUUUUUUAAAAACCUUUUUUGUCUCUGUUGUUCAGAUUAGAUAAUUUUUAUUGAUCUGUCUUCAUGUUCACUCACCCUUUCCUUUGUUGUAUUUAUUCAACUAUUGAGCCUAUCCAGUGGUUUUAAAAUUUCAGUUAUUUUAUUUUUUUAGUCCUAAAAUUUCCAUUAGAUUCUUCUUUAUAUCUUCUAUUUCUUUGCCAAGACCUUCUACCUUUCCCUUCAUUUCCAGAAUGUUCCCCCUUACUUCUUGGAGUAUUUUUUAUAAUAACUGCUUUCAAGUCUUAGCUAAUUCCAACAGCUGUGUCAUCUUGGCGCUGGCAUCUAUUGAUUACCUUUUCCCGUGCGAGUUGAGGAUUUUCCUGGUUCUUUGUAUGUUGGGUAAUUUUGGGUUGAUCCUGAAUAUUUUGAAUAUUACAUUAUGAGACUCAACCAAUUUGAGUUUGGGUUCUAAGUCCCUACCAGCCUUUGGUGGGUUUCAGUAUCAGAGCCUUUGCCAUGCUCUUCAGUUCUGCCCAUCUGUGCCACUCCUUGGCCAGUGUGGGACCUGGCCAGUGGUCUGUCCUGAACUUCAGAGUCUGUGGUGUGCUGUUUAGAAUUAUAUCUACAUGUAUUCAACUCAGGGCUGAGCCCAGGAGCUCAUAAACAGCUUUAUGGGGUUGUUUUCCUGAGCUCCUCCCUGUCUGCAAUCUUCCUAGUACUUUCCAGUUCCCAGGGCCUCCUCUCUUUGGUCCUUCAGCUGGAAGACAGGGGCUUUAUUUCUCCUGCUCUGUUACACUCUUCCUGUGACUUAGCUCACGUCUGUGACUUAGCAAGAGGAGGACUGAGAGAAAAAUCCAAUGGGUUUUAACCCUCUUCGGACCACAGCUCCUGCAAGUGGAAAGGAAGGUUUCCUCCCUCAGAGUUUUAGGCAUCUGCGGACCCCUGUGCUGCUGCUGUGAUGGCUGCUGCGGAAUUGCCGGGGGCCUGGGGCAUGACAGAGCUGAGAGGACAGAGGCAUGAAAAAAGGAAAAAUCUUGGGAUUUGGCCCACUCUCUGAGAAUUAGGUGACUCCUUUCCUGCUCCACAAGCCAGGACUAGCUUGCUUCUCUUGGAGCUCUGCUGUCUACACUGAUCCCCACUUCUGGGUAUUGGGUUGUAUUCAGUCCAGGCUGGGGAUCCUGGAGGGGGGAGAUGGCAGAUUCACCACCAGCUUGGUGGUGCUUCAAAUUCUGGUCAUCUUCCCCCAUCUACCUGCUGCUGUUUACCUUCAGAGACCUCAAAAGGGCUGCUCUGUUCACUCUUUCUAGGUUUUGUAGCCACAUUCAGUGGGUGAGACAGGGUGGGCUGUGCCCCCUCCAUCUUGCUCAGAACCAUAAGGAAGCCAGAAGACGUGUGCUUUAGAGGCAUUCAACAAAGAAAUCUGGAUUAAACAAAGAAAUGAGGAAGUCAGGAUGUGUUGGUGUAGGAAAAUUGUGGUUUGUAUGGGGAAAGAGGAACGUAAAAGUUGAAGGAUUAGGUAGCUAUUAACAGAAAUAUCUGAUAUGCAGGCUCACAGAAAGAACUUAUGAAACCCUCUCCCUUGACAUUUCCUUAUUCCUGUCUUUACAUAUCUGCCCUUGCAGAGUGAGAAGGGAGUUCCUCAGCACCCGCUCGGGCUGCCAGGUGGAAUGAAUGGUGUGACUGUAAGCAAAUGACCUUUAUUCCUCUCCACCAGGAAUGUUAGGAAAGUGUACAUGGAGAAGUGGAGAAAGACUUCUCUGAGAGUAGCGAGCCGGUAAUCUAGGAUGGGGAGUGUUUGUAUCCAGGUCGUCACCAGUGCGUCUGGACUCCUGCUGCAGCAUCUGAUCUGGGCUUGAUAAAGAAGCUAAUCUCUUAAAGCAGAUCUCUCUCUCUCUCACUCACUCACUCACUCAAAUAAAGCAAAGCCUUUAUUGCAAGAAUGACUCUUGCUUCGCUAAAAGACUUUCUGAAUGAGUGGACUGUUGACACUGGUAACUCUCUCUCCCUGAAUUUCCAUCGACACACGUUGGCACUGAUGAAAACAAAGACUGCCUGGAAACUGUAAAGCAGAACUUUGAAGGGGCCAGCUUCUCCAGGGGCUCUGGUGUGAUCUUUCCAUGGCCCUGUUGAUUCCUACCCUGAACAUUUUUCAAAUGCUUAAUAUUAAUAUCAUUUAAAAUUUGUAUGAUACUUUGGCUGUUUGAUAAUUGUUUUUGCUUUAUUGGCUCCUUUGAGCCUAAUAGCCACGGUAUAGGGCAGCCAGGCUAGCUGUGGCCUUGUCCAUAUUAUUUUUACAUUGUUGUAAACUGGAAGAGUAUAAUUUUACAUCUUGAUUUUUCAUUUUUCAUUUCAUUUUCAUUGCACAUAAGCAUUUUCAUGAUGCCGUGUUGUCAUUAUUGCUCUCUAUAAUAUUUCAAUGAAGUGCCAGAAUUAAUGUAACAGAAUUUAUGUAAUUUUCUUAUGGUUGAGCAUUUAGGUUAUUUUCACUUUUUUGCUGUUACAAAUAAGGCUGCAUGUAGGUUUUUUGGCCAUCUUUUAGGUUAUUUCCUUGGGGUAGGUUAAAUAAAUAGACUCUCAAGAUACUGUUAAACAUGUUUCAACAUUAGGGAGGAUUUCAGGAGACCGCAAAUGACUUAAAGAAAACACCAGCCUAACACAAGAACAAUUUUCAGAUUUCUUCAUGUUGAAGAGCAGGUUUUGGAUGUGCCAAGAGAUUUAACCAGAAGGAGGUGGGUAGCGUAUAUAAGGAAAUGAAGAAAGCAUUAGCAAACACAGAGUGUGUGUGUGCAUGCGCGUGCACGCAGGAGAGAGAAAGAGACAAUCAGAGACAGACAGUGAGAUGAGGCCGGCCUGAUUAAAGCAGAACUUCUGUCUUGAGGAAACCAACCACCAAAUGCUUAUGUGAGGUUGGUUUGGAAUAGUGGCAGCGUGCCCACUGGAGAGCUGUGGCCGUUGGAGAGCCUCGUGGGCAGCCUUGACCAGCUCCGGAUUGCAGAAUGCCUUGACCACCAGCUGAGAUGACGAUGUCGUGGCUCAGUGGUGACGGACACUAGCGGUCUUUAAGCAGAGGGCUUACUGCGGCCUGCCAGGUGGUCCCGGCGGUGUCCAGGAGGAUUUGCCCAGAGCCUUUUCUCCCACAGAGACCCAGAUGUCCAGUGUGCACAGCUCUUUGCUUUGGCCCUUCACUGGGCCAGUGGGAGCAAAGCCCAAGCCCAAAGAGAAUGGAUGUUUGCUCAGUUCCUUCCCUAACCUCCCUGGGGUUCUUUGGAAGAGGACCAAGUCCCAGAUCUUUUAGGGAGCCUCUCCCAGUCCAAUAAUUAAAGUGUGGCUGUCUCCAUACCAGAGGGUGGGGCAAUAUGCAUUUAUUUUGCCCAGUUACCCAAAAGGAUGGAAGGCCAAGUCAGUCUAUGUCCAAAUUGAAUCCAGCUGUCCCUGUAUUGUCAGCCGAGUCCUUUUAUUAAAGAGGUGCAGCUGCUCUCCCAGGGAGGGACGUGCCUUGCAGUAAAUUCUAACAUUUGGUUUUAGUGGAACCAACUCCAUUGCUAGUGAAAAUUAAUGGAAAAAACCUGUCACCACAUUCCUCCUUGUCACCUUAAACUAGAGGGCUCACCAAUUCACUGAGGAAUUACCUGCGAUGAAUUAAACAUGAGGAAAGUGCAAAAUGCAUAUCCAAAAGCUUAUGUGAGGUGUCUUUGAGUUGGGAUUUAGGAUAACUUUGGAAAAACUAAGGAAUUUCAGACUUAGACUCUGGGGAGUGUUGAUUUGUAAUCACAGUGUUCCUUUUCCUUCCUCCCUGAUCCACUUGGGGCUAAUUGAACUCCUGGACCCUUCUGUUUUCUGGCAACAUGGUGAGUUGGGAUUUGUUCUGGAGCCUUCUGCACUGUUGCUGAAUCAAGGGAGGCAGAAUCUCUAGAUUGCGUGCUCCAUGAGGCGGGGACUUUGCCUCCUCCCUGGCUCUAUGCGCAGCACCUAGCACAGCACCCGGCCCGCCAGAGUGGUUCUAAAAAUGACCCAGCAAAGUCACAGUUUUGUUAGGACGUCUUUCUGGAGAACUUACCCCAUCUUAGUCCCACACUGCUCUGGGGAACCAGCAGAUGGUCCCUUAUCUCUCUUUCCCUUGAACUGUGAGCGCUUUAGACGUUUCCUUCUUCCUGGAGGUCGUAAAAUAGGGGUUAUCUUCGGAUAUUACCAUUAUCACAGCGCAGUGGAGAAAAACCUGCACCAAGUGUCAUAAGAUGUUAUCUCAGAAUGGGAAUGGCAUGAAACCCUCCAGGUCCAGCGGCCUCUCCUGCUAAUAACCUGCUAACAGGCAGAGGACCACCUUCCACUUCUGGCUACCCCACAAAGGAGACUCUGCAGGGACGUUCUGUGGUGGGGGCUGCUGCCUCCCGGGACUCCACUGUCAGGCUCAGUUCUUCCCAGGGAGCCACACAGAACACACUGACCCCUCGGUCACGUGGCCGCUGCUCACAGAGUUGAAGACCGUGGUCUUGUCUCCCAAGUCGCUAACCCCCACGGCACACGUCCUCGACUUUCUCACCGUUGCUCAUGUGACACAGCUAUCAGGUGUGGGAUUGGACGGAAUGUUCUAGGAGCAGCCUGACCAGCAGAAGCAGAGUUGAGUGAAACCAUCAUUUCUGUUUUGGAUCACGUACUUUUGUCAGUGCAGCUGAAGGCCCAUUCUUCUGAAGUUGUCUCAGAGCCUCAAGUCCAUGGGUUUCUGUGGAAUCUCAUCCUCUCUGCUAUCAAGAUGCGCUUUACAGAUGUGCCCUCUGUUUCCGUUUGGGGAGGAGGGGAGUCCUGGGGAGGGACGGAGGCGGCUGGUCAUGUUCUACUCCCUGAGGUGAGUGGUGGUUACACGGGGGUGUUCACUUUGUGGGGAUUUGCUGAGCGAUAUCAUGAUAGUUUAUACACUUUUUGAAUUUGUUUUUUAAUUGCUUUAAAAAAAAAAAAGAGGAUCUCUCUUGUCUCCAGACAGUGACAACUGUAUCAAUGAUAGGCCUGGCUGGGAGUGAUGAUAAGACACAUCUGAUCUCAGAGAUCUUAAAAUGCAAAAAAACACAAAAAAGUGCAUUUUAGGAUAAUGAAAUACAGUAUUUAUAAAUCCACCUGAUGACACGAUGUUCAGGCCACAUUUUCCCAUCUUGUCCUCAAAGCGGUAAUGAUUCGUCAGGUACUUGCUGAAAUCCAGCGCACUGCUUCCCCAGCAGCCCCUUGGUCUCCGAGUCGAUAGGAAACACACACGGCUCCAGAGCCUGGUUCACAUAGAUUCUGACCUCGGUCCUUGCUCUGCCCUUUCAGGCGCUCACCGAGCGUCGGUAGUGCCUCCAGACAUUCCCCGCCGUGGCUGUCUCCUCCACUGUUGCAGAGGCGGCGUCUUCCCCUUUGAAAUGAGGUCUGCACCUGCCCUUCCCUCACCUCUCUCUCCCUACCUUGUCUUCGCUUCCUCAGAGAUGAGGGAUCUGAUGCAGAGACUUCCCCUGUGAGGCCGUGAGUUGUGAUUCGUCACUGCCACAGCCACCUGGCAGUUCCAGUCUCCCUAACCAGCGUGGGCUCUCACCCCAGAAGUGGUGCCUUGUGCAGGGCUCUGGGGCGCCCCUGUGCCUGCUUUUCUGAGGACAGUGCCUCCUGCUCUUCCCACACCCGCCACUGCCCCUUCUUGCGCUUCUCUAGUCUUACCCCCAGCCCUGCAGCUUAGCCCCUCUCUGCCCUCUAAGUGGUUCUGCACGUGAUAUGUGCUUCUGGUUCAUGAUCCCCAAAUCUGUUUCUGGCCUGGACUCUCCUGGGAGCUACAGCCAUCCAGUUUCACCUGUCCGCAUACCAGGUUUAGGACAAGAUGGUAAUGAAGUUACUCCCAAGGCCACAGUGCAGUGGUAGCCCAUUAUGUUCCACAAACCAAAGAGAGACGCACGCCGUUGCACAGCCCACAUGGAAAUGUCAGGGCUCUCUCGACGUGGAUUGCUCUCCGAGGAUGCCUCCCUUCCCACCUCUGCUUGGCAGAAACUGCCCAGCCUUCUGAGACGUAACUCAGGCAGUCUUCCUUGGGAACCUCUUGCAAUUGGAUGCCUUAGUGCCACGUGAGCUGCCCCAGGGGACUUGUUCUUGGUGGCCAGCAGCUCUCAAGCAACUCACAUGUCCUUGGCGGGCUCCAUCUUGGCCUCGGGCUCCCGCUGACACAUCAGAGAAGCCCAUCCACCGGCCUCCCCGCCUGGCGUCCUCCUCGGCAGACCUGAGCCAUGGAGGCCCCCGAGGUCCCCGUGGGCUCGCUGAUUGACUUCGAGACUGAGCCAUCCGCCUCCUCGCCCCUGGAGGUGCUGCCUCCCAAGCUGCAGGAUGGGGACAGCUCCCAGGGCGACGGCGCAUCCGAGAGUGAGACCACGGAGUCAGCGGACAGCGAGAACGACUUGGGCGAGUCGCCCUCACACCCGUCCUGGGACCAGUACCGCCGUUCCUCCUCCGAUGAGUCCUUCUCUUCCAGCCAGAGCACCGAGUCGGCCAAGGACGAGGAGACCCUGGAGGUCAGGGAGUUCAUGCACAGCUACGUGGAGAAGAUCUUCUCCGGAGGAGAGGACUUGGACCAGGAGGAGAAAGCCAAGUUUGGCGAGUACUGCAGCAGCGACAAUGGGAAAGGCCGGGAGUGGUUUGCCCGCUACGUGAGCGCCCAGCGCUGCAACUCCAAGUGUGUCUCAGAGCCAACUUUCUACCGCCUGGUGCAGUCUUUCGCAGUGGUCCUGUUUGAGUGUCAUCAGAUGGAUGACUUUGGGCCUGCCAAGAACCUCAUGACCAUGUGCUUCACGUACUACCACAUGGGUAAACCACCCCUGCUCCGCUCGGAGUCCAAGGAGAAGCCUGCAGGGAGCAUCGACUCCUACCUGAAGUCCGCCAACAGCUGGUUAGCAGAGAAGAAGGACAUUGCCGAGCGGCUGCUGAAGAAUACGUCGGCCAAGACGGAGAACGUCAAGGGCUUCUUCGGGGGGCUGGAGACCAAACUGAAGGGACCCCUGGUCAGGAAAAAUGAGGAAGAGGACAACAAGCCCAAGGAGAAGCCGCAGAAGACAGUGACCGUAUGCAACCCGGAGGAGGAGAGGAAGGGAGAGAAGAUCUACCUGUACACGCACCUGAAGCAGCAGCCCAUCUGGCAUACGUUGAGGUUCUGGAAUGCAGCCUUUUUUGACGCUGUCCAUUGUGAGAGGAGAAAGCGGUCUCCCACGACCAGGGAGAAGUGGUGCCACAUGACCCAGGAGGAGCGCGACGACAGCCUGCGGUUCAACGAGAACAUCACCUUUGGGCAGCUGGGCACCUUCACGCACAACAUGCUGGCAUUCGGACUGAACAAGAAGCUGUGCAACGACUUCCUGAAGAAGCAGGCCGUGAUUGGCAACCUGGACGAGGAGCAAUACAAGCUGCUGAGUGACCACAUCGAGCAGAUGGCCACUGAGUAGGCUGCAGGAGGACUGAGGGUGCACGCUGCUCUCCCAGGCCAGCGACUGGCCGUCACCCCACCCGAUGACCCUGCAUGACAUCGGCAGCAGCCAGAGCCACUCCAGCUGCCCUACAACUAGUGGUAGAAGAAUCCGGCUGCCUGUCCUCCCUGCCUCCCCUCUGCCUGUGUCUGCUCCCCCCUCCACAUGCCAAAGUGUCCCUCGGAUUACAUGGCUAAACCCGAAGUGACCAUCAUACCCCCGCAUGUCAGGCCUGUGACAUGGGACCGAGAGGGAGGAGGAGGAAGGAGGCCAGGGCCAGGUGGGCACAGGGCAGUAUCUGCCGUGGCCUCCUGCAGGACAGAGGGCAGAGGGUGACUGUGGGAAUGUGGAUAAGGGCAGCCAGGAGACGGCACAUGCCAGUGACACAGGGCAGUCAUGGGUGAUGAUCUGGGACCCUCCCCUUCAGGUGUGGAACAGGGGUGCUCCCACAGACGGGGUUCUUGCUGAGCGGCAGCUGUGCGGAGGGGGCGGUAGGCCUCGCAGUGUUGGUCGGGGCUGGUGCUGGCUCUUUCUUGGCCCCCCUCCGUGUGACAGGAACUGGAGUCAGAGGAACCUGGAGGAGAGAGACCAGCGCAGAAGACGUUCUUUCCUGGCCGCAGAGGGCCCGGCCACAACUGCAGGGAUGUGAGCCCCCGGGGGACAUCACAGGCUCUGAGAGUCUUUGUUACAGUCACACCAGCACUGAGGUGUCUGCCUCAGGCCACCUGAGAUGUUCCCGGUCAGCUGACAGCUUCCUUCUGAAGCAGAGCGAGUUCCACAGCUCACGCCCGGGAGCAGCGUUGGGCUGUCCCACGAAGAAGCACAGGAAAGAAAGCUUUCUUCAGUAGCUGCAAGACAGCCGCUCUUUCUAAUAGCAAACAGUGCUGCUCUUUAUUUCAAAAAAGACAGGAAAAUCUGUGUCAGUGUUACAGACAGCCGGGCAGAGGCGGCUUCCGGGGGCGAUCGUGCGAGGCGCGGUAGCGGAGCGGCUGCAGAGCGUUGGGCCCUCCACCCCCCGAAGCCUCAGGAAGGGCCUUUCCCUCCCGCAUCCCAGGCCUUUGACCUCUGUCCUGCAGAUUCUGCAGGUCCCCCGCGUCUCACAUCUGGGGCCUGGGUCGCCUGGCUUUUCUCCCUGGGGUUGUACCAGACGCAGCAGACCAGCCCGAGGGGCUGAAGUCUGAGCCGCAGACAUCCAGCAUGCUGGCUCCCAGGGCCCGCUCUCUUUCCCUCUGCCUCUCGCCCAUCGCUCUUGGGCACUGACCUGGAAUAGGCCCUGGGGGGCUCUCUCCUUUCCCCCCUCACCUUCCCGUCCUGUUCCCCUCACUACCUCCUCCAACUCACGGUCCGUUACAUCACCGUCUCCUCUUGAGCACCACACACACAUGCCUGAUAGUCACUUCUCCAGCCAGUGCUCGAAAGUUUCUCUCGUGGAAUGCCUCCCUGGAAUGUUCCAGAGAAGAGCAUGCAUUGGUUGAGCCAUAGAAUGCACGUCCGGGUGAUUAUAAGAGGGGCGAUAUGAGACAGAGUGCAAUCUGAGGGCUUGGUGUGAAAUGAACCAGGAGCAGGGCUUCGGGGACCUGGCUCGUUUUUAUGGGGGCACCGUAUGUGUGUGAUGGCAGCCUGUCUGGCGAGGUCACUGAGCAAAGCACAGCCAUGUUGCUGGUUUGCUUGCAGUGUCCUGGGCAGGCACGUGGGCUGGAGGGUCCCCCAUUGCUGGACUCCAGCGAUGGUGCAUGUCUCUGCUGCAUGCGUUUCAGGGAAAUAACGUCAAGUGGGGGUGGGGUGGGCCCCUCCUCCUGCAAUGCUUCCUUCAGAUAAUGCACGCCCUCCUGACACAUCCACCCGUGACCCUGGAUGCGUGGUGCUCCCUCCCCCUGUAAUAUCAGGCCCCCCAAGUGGUUUGUCCCGGGCCCCGCAGAGCUCUCCCUUUAGCUGUGUCGUCGUCAGCUUUACUAGUCAUCUCUUAGUAGUUAGUUGAAAUGCAUUAAGACUCUAAGGUGCCCAAAAGACUUACCCUUGUGUAUACAGGAUUUUUGUAUAGAAGUUUUGAUUUGGUCUGAUUUCUGGAGGAAGAGAAGUGGAUUCUGAGACUCUGUCCAGGGGUGGCGGAGUGCGCAGAGCAGGCGGGACCACACAGCUUCAGAAGGAAAUGCAGUGUUGACUUCUCUGGGCUUUUCCAAGCACUUUAACUUCAAAACUGAUGUUGAGACGUUUUCCCCCAUAUAGUCCUCUUGAAGUAGCAUUUGAAGGUGGAAGCAAGAGUUACUUUGGUUUUUUCCCCCUCUUGGUCCUUGUUCUUAGAGAUCCAGGUCCUAAGAGUGGAGCAACGCUGACCCCACAAGUGCAGCCUGCUCAGCCCAGAAGGGGGCGCUGCUAGAGGCCUCGGAGUGAGAUGCCGAGGUGGCUCGGAGGCUGCUCUGCUGUCCCCUGCUGGCAGCUGCCUUUGGCUGAGAGUUUCACCUUGGAGCGCCCCUCGCUGGUAUCGCCUGGAGGAGCCCAGGUCCCUCGAAGAAGGCUGGCAGCGUGCCUCACUGAGAUUUCCUCUCUCCCCCAUGACGCCAUCUCUUCCCUCCGGGCCCAGCCGGAGCAGCCAUGAGGGGGCUCUGGUGGCGAGCAGACACAGGACACACUCUCCGAGGCCCCACCCUGAUGCACACACGGGGACACUUUGGUGCAAGAGAGCUCUGGUAGUCCUUCUUGUAAACCCAGGGACCUUAGCCUCCGCGGGAAGCAUCAGAUGGCAUCCGAGAACAGAGUUGCAGUCCCAACAGGUAGAGUGACCCAAGCCGGGAGCCUGGAAGGCCUGCCAUUAGCAACAGCGUUUCAGAGUUUCUGCUGUCUGUCCUUCAGGGCUGUGUGGAUCAUAGUGAGCCAAAAUGCAGUUAAUUCUCUCAAGUAUAAAGUUCCCUGCUCGUGAGAACAUGUGGAGAUGUGGCUUUGUAUGUUUUUAGCCUUUGUUACAAUUUUCCAUUAGUGAUGGAUGUUUAAGAGGGGCCGUGUUCAUCUUCAGAUUGCAUCUGCUGUGUGUGCCUGUGCGCAUUUAACCCAAGGCAGGAGACCAAAUUCUGACAGUGCAAGUUAUUUGUGCAAUGAGAUGGAGUAGCCUCUGAAUUCCCUGUUGCCAGAAGAAAAAAGUGGGCUAAGAACCUCUUAAAUUACCAAAAGGAGGACUAGAAAAACAGUCCAGUUCCUGAGUUCUGUUCCCAAAUGAAAGCCUGUUUAAGUUUUCAGGGCAACCCCGAGAGCCCACAUUGAGUUUAGGACAGAGGUCCAGGGCAAGAGCCUCCUGUCCGGGAGUUGAAACCAGUGGACCCUGUUACUCGAACCGAGUCAUGUUAGACGGUGGAGUUCCCUGUUGUGGAGAGAAGGCGGCAGCCUGGAGGAUUGCAUUUCUGUGGACUGUUUUCUGUGCGUUAAUUGAUCACCUGGAGGGAACAGCUGGUUUCCAGACUCCUGUGUGAGAAGUCGAGUUCACACCACCACAGGGUUUGUAAGAAGUGUCAUCUGACCCAGGGGACUGGAGACCGUCACCAUAAAUCAGGACUGCAGGCUCCGAGCCUGACCAUCCUGGGCGUUACAGCGCCCUGACUGGUUGGCUUCUUGGUUAGGGAGGAUCCAGGUAGACCCGUGUGGUUAGAUCAGCUUUAUCACCAAAUUACUUACAACUUGAGACCACUGGGCAGCCAGGGGGCCCAGAAGAGUGGGGAGCUUAGGCAGGAGGGUCCGUUGUCAAGGGAGAGAAAGCAGGAGGGCCGCAGAGGCCCAGCCCAACCUGGGGGAGGGGAGGAACGAGCCCCCUGGGGCCCCACCCAGCCAAGUGGUCUCAGGCCAUCUCUUCUCAUCUCUUUUUCAGCCCUAGACGAAGCUGCUGGGAGGGGGCGGACCCCACCCAGCCUCUUAGUUCUGAACCGUUGGCUCUAGGACUCGGCUGUCUCCCACGUUUUCCUGUAAAUCAUUUAUUCCUUUUAUGAUUCUCGGAGGUGAGCUUCACUUGGAAAGCUGUCUGCUGAGUUUCAGGGUGAAGGGGAAGUGUAUUGGCUGGAAGUGUCCCUAACUGACUAAAGUACAG